AUGCUAACUGGCACCAUCAAGUCCUACAAUCCCCACAAGGGUUGGGGCUUUAUCGAGUGCAAUGGGCAGGAUACCUUUGUGAACAAGAAGGAUCUCAAGGGCCACUGCCCCUCCAAAGGCAGCCAGGUAAAGUUUCAAAUCACGCAGACGGAGCGAGGAGCUCAAGCAACGAGCGUGGAGGUUCUGGCGCCACCAGAGGAGCAAACGUUCUUUGGCGAGAUCAAGAGCUUCAAUCCUUCCAAAGGUUACGGCUUCAUCUCCUGCGAGGCCUUUCCGGAUAAGGACAUCUUCGUUCUGAAGUCAGAGCUUCCUGGCGGAUUUGGCCCACAAGGCGGCCAUUGCAAAUUCAAGGUCAGCCAGGAGGAGAAGGGCCCAUCUGCCAAGGAUGUGAUGCUGUUGGGCUCCGCAGGGAAUCAAGUCCAACAGAUGAAGGCAAUGGGCUACGGUUGGGGUGGCAAAGGCGACUGGGGCAAAGGCUGGGGCAAAGGCACCUGGGACACCUGGGGCAAAGGAGGGUACGGAGGUGGCUAUGAGAUGCCCUGGGGCAUGCCCAUGCAGAUGCCAAUAUGGGGUGGCAAAGGGUACGGCAAGGGCUAUGGCUGGUAA